GGUACCACGGUGCCAGCCUUACUGAACAGUACUUCCAACCAACUCUACUUACAUUUCCAAUCUGAUAUCAGUGUGGCAGCUGCCGGUUUUCACCUGGAAUACAAAACUGUAGGCCUUGCUGCAUGCCAGGAACCAGCACUCCCGAGCAAUGGCAUCAAACUAGGAGAUCGGUACAUGGUAAAUGACGUGCUCUCCUUCCAGUGUGAGCCUGGAUACACCUUGCAGGGCCGUUCCCACAUUUCUUGUAUGCCGGGAACUAUCCGUCGCUGGAAUUACCCAACUCCCCUCUGCAUUGCGACCUGUGGAGGGACACUCGGUACCUUGGCAGGCGUGAUCCUGAGUCCCGGCUUCCCAGGCUCUUACCCCAACAACCUGGACUGUGUCUGGAGGAUCUCUCUGCCCAUUGGCUAUGGUGCACAUAUUCAGUUUCUGAAUUUUUCUACUGAAGCCAAUCAUGAUUACCUUGAAAUUCAGAAUGGACCCUACCACACGAGUCCUAUGAUCGGGCAGUUCAGUGGCACAGAUCUACCCUCUGCUCUGCUGAGCACCACGCAUGAAACGCUCAUCCACUUUUACAGCGACCACUCACAAAACCGUCAAGGAUUUAAACUUGCUUACCAAGCCUAUGAAUUACAGAAUUGUCCAGAUCCACCCCCAUUUCAGAAUGGGUACAUGAUCAACUCAGAUUAUAGUGUGGGACAAUCGAUUUCUUUUGAAUGUUACCCUGGGUACAUUUUGAUAGGCCACCCUGUCCUCACGUGUCAGCAUGGGAUCAACAGAAAUUGGAACUAUCCUUUUCCAAGAUGUGAUGCUCCUUGUGGAUAUAAUGUGACAUCUCAGAAUGGCACCAUUUAUUCCCCUGGGUUUCCAGAUGAAUAUCCGAUUUUGAAGGACUGUGUUUGGCUUGUCACGGUGCCCCCGGGGCACGGAGUUUACAUCAACUUCACUCUUUUGCAGACGGAGGCUGUUAAUGAUUACAUUGCUGUUUGGGAUGGUCCUGACCAGAAUUCGCCUCAGCUGGGUGUGUUCAGUGGCAACACAGCCCUUGAGACAGCCUAUAGCUCCACCAACCAAGUCCUGCUCAAGUUCCACAGUGACUUUUCAAAUGGAGGUUUCUUUGUCCUCAAUUUUCACGCAUUUCAGCUCAAGAAAUGUCAACCUCCCCCAGCAGUUCCACAAGCAGAAAUGCUUACUGAGGAUGAGGAUUUUGAAAUAGGAGACUUCGUGAAGUACCAGUGCCAUCCUGGGUACACCUUGCUGGGGACUGACACUCUGACCUGCAAGCUAAGUUCCCAAUUGCAGUUUGAGGGUUCUCCUCCCACAUGUGAAGCACAAUGCCCAGCAAAUGAAGUCCGGACAGAAUCAUCUGGAGUAAUUCUCAGCCCAGGGUAUCCAGGCAACUAUUUUAACUCCCAGACAUGCUCUUGGAGUAUCAAAGUGGAGCCAAACUAUAACAUUACCAUCUUUGUGGACACAUUUCAAAGUGAAAAGCAAUUUGAUGCACUGGAAGUGUUUGAUGGUUCUUCUGGGCAAAGUCCUCUGCUAGUGGUCUUAAGUGGGAAUCAUACUGAACAAUCCAAUUUUACAAGCAAGAGUAAUCAGUUGUACCUCCGUUGGUCCACUGAUCAUGCAACCAGUAAAAAAGGAUUCAAAAUUCGUUAUGCAGCACCUUACUGCAGCUUGACCCACACCCUGAAGAACGGCGGUGUUGUCAACAGGACUGUAGGAGUGGUUGGGAGUCAAGUGCAUUUCUUUUGCAAGCCUGGAUACCGAAUGAUCGGUCACAGCAAUGCGACCUGUAGACGGAACCCCCUUGGCAUGUAUCAGUGGGACACCCUCUUGCCGCUCUGCCAGGCUGUGUCCUGUGGAAUCCCAGAAUCCCCAGGAAAUGGUUCCUUUGCGGGUAACGAGUUCACUUUGGACAGUAAAGUGAUCUAUGAAUGUAAUGAGGGCUUCAAGCUUGAAGCUAGUCAGCAAGCAACAGCAGUGUGUCAGGAAGACGGGUUAUGGAGUAACAAGGGGAAGCCGCCCACUUGCAAGCCGGUACUUUGCUCCAGCAUUGAGGCACAGCUAUCAGAACACGUUAUCUGGAGACUGGUUUCGGGAUCACUGAAUGAGUACGGAGCUCAAGUGUUGCUGAGCUGCAGUCCUGGUUACUACUUAGAGGGCCGGAGGCUAGUACAAUGCCAAGCUAAUGGGACGUGGAGCAUAGGAGAAGAGCGGCCGAGCUGUAGAGUAAUCUCAUGUGGAAGCCUGUCUUUUCCCCCAAAUGGGAACAAGAUUGGAACGUUAACAGUGUAUGGAGCCACAGCUAUAUUCACGUGCAACACAGGUUACACACUCGUGGGAUCACAUGUCAGAGAGUGCUUGGCAAAUGGACUCUGGAGUGGUACUGAGACUCGAUGUCUGGCUGGCCACUGUGGUACCCCAGACCCAAUUGUAAAUGGUCAUAUCAGUGGAGAUGGCUUCAGUUACAGAGACACGGUGGUAUAUCAGUGCAAUCCUGGUUUCCGGCUUGUAGGAACUUCUGUGAGGAUAUGUCUGCAGGACCACAAAUGGUCUGGACAAACUCCUGUUUGUGUCCCCAUCACCUGUGGUCACCCUGGAAACCCUGCCCAUGGAUUCACUAAUGGCAGUGAGUUCAACCUGAAUGAUGUCGUGAAUUUCACCUGCAACACAGGCUAUUUGCUGCAGGGUGCAUCUCGAGCCCAGUGUCGGAGCAAUGGCCAGUGGAGUAGCCCAUUGCCCUCAUGUCGAGUGGUGAACUGCUCUGACCCAGGCUUUGUGGAAAAUGCCAUUCGUCACGGGCAGCAGAAUCUCCCUGAGAGUUUUGAGUAUGGAAUGAGCGUCCUGUAUCAUUGCAAGAAGGGUUUUUAUUUGCUGGGAUCUUCGGCCUUAACCUGUAUGGCAAAUGGCUUAUGGGAUCGUUCUUUACCCAAGUGUCUGGUUAUAUCAUGUGGGCACCCAGGAGUUCCUGCCAAUUCUGUCCUUACUGGAGAGCUGUUUACAUAUGGUGCCAUAGUUCACUACUCAUGCAAAGGGAUCCGGAGUCUUAUAGGUAACAACACCAGAGUUUGCCAAGAAGACAGUCACUGGAGUGGAACAAUGCCCCACUGUACAGGGAACAAUCCUGGAUUUUGUGGUGACCCGGGGACGCCAGCACAUGGGUCUCGGCUGGGAGAUGAGUUUAAGACUAAGAGUCUUCUCCGCUUUUCCUGUGAGAUGGGCCACCAACUGAGGGGCUCCCCUGAGAGGACAUGUUUGCUCAAUGGGUCAUGGUCAGGAAUGCAACCUGUGUGUGAGGCUGUGUCCUGUGGCAAUCCUGGCACACCCACCAAUGGCAUGAUUGUCAGCAGCGAUGGCAUCCUGUUCUCCAGUUCGGUCAUCUAUGCCUGCUGGGAGGGCUACAAGACCUCUGGGUUGAUGACUCGACACUGCACAGCCAAUGGGACCUGGACAGGCACAGCCCCCGACUGCACAAUUAUAAGUUGUGGGGACCCAGGAACACUGGCAAAUGGCAUCCAGUUUGGAAUUGACUUCACCUUCAACAAGACUGUAAGCUACCAGUGCAACCCCGGCUAUCUCAUGGAACCUGUCACGGCAUCCACCAUUCGCUGUACCAAAGACAGCACAUGGAAUCAGAGCAAGCCUGUCUGCAAAGCCGUCCUGUGCAGUCAGCCUCCUGUGGUGCAGAAUGGAAAGGUGGAGGGGACAGAUUUCCACUGGGGCUCCAGCAUCAGUUACAGCUGCGUGGAUGGCUAUCAGCUCUCUCACUCAGCCAUCCUGUCCUGUGAAGGCCAUGGGGUGUGGAAAGGAGAGGUCCCCCAGUGCCUGCCUGUGUUCUGUGGAGACCCUGGAACCCCUGCUGAGGGGAGACUUAGUGGGAAAAGCUUCACCUACAAAUCCGAAGUCUAUUUCCACUGCAAAUCUCCAUUUAUACUUGUGGGAUCUUCAAGAAGAAUCUGCCAAGCUGAUGGCAUGUGGAGUGGUAUACAACCCACCUGCAUUGAUCCUGCUCAUAACACCUGCCCAGAUCCUGGCACCCCACACUUUGGAAUACAAAAUAGCUCCAGAGGAUAUGAGGUUGGAAGCACAGUUUUCUUCAGGUGCAGAAAAGGUUACCAUAUUCAAGGUUCCACGACUCGAACUUGCCUUGCGAAUUUAACGUGGAGUGGGAUACAGACUGAAUGUAUACCUCAUGCCUGCAGACAGCCAGAAACCCCAGCGCAUGCGGAUGUGAGAGCGAUCGAUCUUCCUACAUUCGGCUACACCUUAGUAUACACUUGCCAUCCAGGAUUUUUCCUUGCAGGUGGAUCUGAGCACAGGACAUGUAAAGCAGACAUGAAAUGGACAGGGAAGUCACCAGUUUGUAAAAGUAAAGGAGUGAGAGAAGUUAAUGAAACAGUUACUAAAACUCCAGUUCCUUCAGAUGUAUUUUUCAUCAGUUCUGUAUGGAAAGGAUAUUAUGAAUAUUUAGGGAAAAGACAACCCGCAACUCUAACUGUUGACUGGUUCAAUGCAACAAGCAGUAAGGUGAAUGCCACCUUCACCGAAGCUUCUCAGGUGGAGCUGAAGCUGACAGGAGUUUACAAGAAGGAGGAGGCUCACUUACUUCUGAAAGUUUUUCAGAUGAAAGGUCCAGUAGACAUCUUUGUAAGCAAGUUUGAAAAUGACAACUGGGGACUAGAUGGUUACGUAUCAUCAGGACUUGAAAGAGGGGGAUUUACUUUUCAAGGUGAAAUACAUGGAAAAGACUUUGGAAAAUUCAAGCUAGAAAGGCAAGAUCCUUUAAGCUCGGAUCAAGAUGCCUCAAAUCAUUACCAUGGCACCAGCAGUGGCUCAGUGGCGGCUGCCAUUCUGGUUCCAUUCUUUGCGCUAAUUUUAUCAGGGUUUGCAUUUUACCUCUACAAACACAGAACGAGACCAAAAGUUCAAUACAAUGGCUAUGCUGGACACGAAAACAGCAAUGGACAGGCAUCCUUUGAAAACCCCAUGUAUGAUACAAACUUAAAACCCACAGAGGCCAAGGCUGUGCGGUUUGACACGACUCUGAACACAGUCUGUACAGUGGUAUAGCCCUCAGCGUCCCCACAGGACCGAUUCAUAGCCAUACCUCUGAUGGACAAGCAGUAAUUCCUUUGGUGCCAUAUACCACUCUCCCUUCAACUCUUGCUUUGCUGCAGUGACCUUGAACGUCGUCUACUGACCUUAAACGUACAGCGGGGAUUUCUACUCAAAUGUGCCAGGGUCUUCUGAGGGUCAAACUACAAAUGCAUCUCCAUUUCAAAAGUGGAUUAGAAACGUCUGGCUGCAUCUGCUUGGAAUCAAGGCACACUCCAGGAAGACUGCCGAGUCUCACCGACGCCGUACGCAAUGCCUCAGACUCUCUAUUUCUGUGUUGCUGGGAUGCCUUUCAAUGCAAUCUUCUGGGCACGUGGAUACAUCCUUCGGUGCGGUGACAAAUGGUAGCACCACAAUAUGUGCAUUUUGGUUUUGUUUUUUUUUUAAAACCCCAUGAACAUGAAUACUCUGAAAAAAAAAAUUUAAAAAGCUUUCUUGAAAAAGA